GGAUUCAUUUUUGUUCAAUACAACGCAAAAAUAUUUUGACUGUCAGUGGAAAAGUGCAUCUGCAUUUUUUAUUUUCUUCGAAUUUAGUAUAAUGCAAUUUUUUGCUCAGCAAUUAAGUAAGCAAACUGAGCAUUCUUGUAGCAACACAGAAAGAAGCAAAGGGAAAAUAUAUAGACCGACACUGAAUUAUUAACAAUAAAAUACUCUCGCUGAUAAAAUUCAUAGUGCUUAAGUAACCGAGUGGCUUCUUGGAGUGACCAAGUUUACGCCGAAGCUGGAUCUUCCUGUCGCCAAUACCAAUACAAGAACCAACAACAUCACAAAAUGCCUCUUCUUUAUAGUGUAAUAUCUCGAGGUAGCACGGUGCUGGCUAAAUAUGCCGAAUGUGUGGGUAAUUUCGCAGAAGUCACCGAACAGAUAAUCUCGAAAAUAGGGAUAGAAAAUCAUAAGUUGACUUAUUCGCAUGGAGAAUACUUAAUACAUUACAUUUGUGAGAAUCGCAUUAUAUAUAUGUGUAUUACCGACAACGAAUUCGAUCGUACGCGCGCCUUCCUUUUCCUGGCUGAUAUCAAACAGAAAUUUAUACAAACUUAUGGACUACAAGUAGCGACCGCUAUUGCAUAUGCAAUGAAUACGGAAUUUUCAAAAGUUCUAGCGCAACAGAUGGCACAUUUCAGUGAAUCGCGCGAGGUGGACAUGAUUUCAAGAGUGCAUGGACAAAUUGAUGAAUUGAAAGAUAUUAUGGUAAAAAAUAUCGAUAGUCUGCGCGAUCGAGGUGAAAGACUGGAAUUGCUCGUUAAUAAAACCGAAAAUCUUAGUAAUAAUUCCGUUGCAUUCCGCAAAGCUUCUCGAAAUUUGGCACGACAAAUGUUCUGGAAAAAGGUCCGCGUCUACGUCGUGGUAGUGCUCAUAAUAAUUUUUGUUAUCUAUGUGAUCAUAAGUAUGUUUUGUGGUGGCCUGGCAUGGCAGAGUUGUAUUGCAAAUUAAACAAAAAAAAAAAAAAAAUGGAGAAUAUAAAAAGUUCGACAUAAAAUAUAUAUCU